AUGUUAAGAAGAACAGCCAUAAAGAAAGCAAAGUGUAGAAAUGUUGGAUUUGAAUCUGAUAGUGGAGGAGCCUUUAAAGGAUUUAAAGGUUUGGUUGUACCUUCUGGAGGAGGAGGGUUUUCUGGAUUUGGUAGUAGCACUGGAGGGAAGCCUCUAGAAGGACUGUCAAAUGGAAACAGCACAACUAUCACCUUUCCCUUCACCAGUGCAAGAGUGGCAACAGAGACCCAGGCAGCCUUUGGUUCUAUUGCUGCAAACGGCCCUACCACCUUGGUUGAUAAAAAGAUUUCAAAUCCCAAAACUAAGGGUGACAGUCAGCAGCCUUCCUGCUCUGGCCUUGCUUCUAGCAAAGCCUAUGCCAGUAACACCUAUCACAAGCAGUUGGCUGCCUUGAACUGCUCUGUCCGGGACUGGAUAGUGAAGCACGUGAAUGGAAACUCACUCUGUGACCUGACACCCAUCUUUAAAGACUAUGAGAAAUACUUAGCAAACAUUGAACAGAAACACGGAAACAGUGUCAGUAACCAUUCUCAAAGUGAAACUAACAAGAGGUAGGUUCAAAUGCAGUCUCCUUCCCUAUUUGGCUCAACAAAAUUACAGCAAGAGUCAGCAUUUUUGUUCCCCAGCAACAAAACUGAAGAUACAUCUGAAAAGGAGACUGAGGUUGUGUCUGAAAAGAAAAUGGACCCAUCACUAGGAGCAACAAAUGCCUCGUUUAAUUUUGGCAUGAAAAUUGAUAGCUCUGUUUUGGGCUCACUAAGCUCUGGCCCCCUGGCUGGAUUUUCAUUUUCCUCUGGAAACGCCAGUUUAUUUGGCAAAGAUACUACCCAGAGUAAACCAGUUUCUUCACCAUUUUCCACUAAAACACUGGAGAGCCAAGCAGAAGGUGGCAGUAAUGAAUGCAAAGGAGGAGAUGAAGAAGAGAAUGAGGAACCACCCAAAGUAGAAGUUACUGAAGUAAAAGAAGAAGAUGCUUUUUACUCCAAAAAGUGUAAACUAUUUUACAAGAAAGACAAUGAAUUUAAAGAGAAAGGUGUGGGUAUUCUGCAUUUGAAACCUACAGCAAACCAGAAGACACAGCUUUUGGUAUGGGCAGACACCAAUUUAGGCAACAUAUUGCUGAAUGUUCUGAUUCCACCUAAUAUGCCAUGUACUCGAAUAGGGAAAAAUAAUGUCCUUAUUGUCUGUGUUCCAAACCCACCUGUUGAUGAGAAGAAUGCCACUACCCCAGUUACCACGUUAAUUCGAGUAAAAACUAGCGAGGAUGCAGAUGAGUUGACAAAAUUUUACUGGAGUAAAAAGAUGCCUGAACACGUGAUGUCAACUGAGGAAUUGUUGCCAAGUUGCUGCUCCCCCACUGCCCGCUAA